ACUAACAAAACAUGUUGCACUGGCUAGGUUGAGCUGCACGUGUUCGAUUUGGCUUUUUGAAAAUUAUAAUUUAGUGCGUAGUGCGUCGCACUCACAUCCUCUAAGAAUGGGUAAAUUUCGUUCGAAAUUGAAACGCCAUGGCAAAGGCAAAAGUUGGAGUAAAGGCCAAUCGGCUGUAUCGAAUCCUGAUCAAAUGAAACAUCGUCUUAAAGCAAAGUCGCGCUUUUUCCAACCAAAUUUAAAUUUGGCUGCAUCGAACUCAGCCAAUGGACUUACCAUGGAAGCCGUGCACAAACACGAGCAGCGGCAAGCCUACAAUGCGGAGACAACAACGGUCAACGAUGUCGCCGGUAGCCUUAUGUCCUUUACACUGGAGGAUGAUGAUGGUAUGUCUGGCAGCGGCACACAGCCGGGCACAUUUAAGACCUUCCAGACUUUUGCCUCCAACUACAGCAGCUGCAGUAAUGUUAGCUUUAAGAAGCUGCUAACCGGCUUUCGAGCCUCCUCCGAUUUGCACAAGGAGAUGUUGGCUAUUUUAAGCGCAUUGACGGAAAUAAUACGCGAACGUGGCGGCAACGAGUCAUCUACCGAAUACUUUUUGCUACUUAUCAGCCAAAUCGAGGCGGCCAGCGAGGAGCGCGACAUCAUUGCCGGCGUUGCCUUACUUUCAAUGGGCAUCAAAUCUGUGCCAGUGCCGGUACUGCGAAAACGCUUUGAUCAAACAGCCGCAACGUUGCAGCAGCUGUUGCAGCGCUUCAUUGAAGCCAGCAAUCAAUCUGUUAUACGAUAUCUGAUCGGUUGCAUGUCUGUGUUGUUGCGUGCCCAGGACUAUGCGACAUGGACGUACAGCUCAACGUUUCAGUACUUUGACGCGCUGCUCGCCUUCACCAUACACUCGAAGCCUAAAAUACGAAAAGCGGCACAACAUGCCGUCGUCUCAAUCAUACAUGGCAGUUGCUUUAUGCUGCCACCAACAGCAAAUGAGAGCGAGGCAGAGAAUGUUAAGGAUGAACAGCGACAGACAUCUAAGAUCAAGCAUCAUCCAGCUAGCAAUCGUGUGACGAAAUUCUGUUUGGCACAGUUCAAGCCCGAAGUUUUGGCCAAUAGUCAGACGACGGUUUUGCAUACGCUGGCAUUGCUAAAGGACACGCUGGCUGGCUUUCGCACAGAAGACAUACGCAGCGUUUGCGAGCAUCUGCUAUCCAUAAUGACCGCGGCCAAUGUUAUUGUGCGCACCAACUGCUUCCAGGCGUUACACUCUCUCUUCCUUACGCGCAGCGUUAAUCUGAAUGCGACACUGUGCGCCAAACUGCUUGUUGCCAUACACGAGUAUCGGCCGGAUCGCAGCGAUGUACGUCAAACGCUUGCCUGGAUCACAGUGCUCAAAGAGGGGCAUCUGCAUUUGGCCACUCUGCAAUUGGAUUUGUGCAUGCAAGCGCUUCCGCGCCUUUUUGAGAUUUGUACAACUGAUCUUUGGCUAUCGGAGCGAGGCGAACUGGUGGUUGGCGUGUCCAAUUGCAUUAAGGAGAUGCUUCAGGAUUGUGUCUCGCGUGCCUGUGCCACAAAGGAGCUAGCAGAGCAAUAUCGUCCAGCUGUGGCCAAAAUAAUUGGCGCUCUGCACAAAGUGCUAAAUGCACCUUUCGGCGAGAUCUCCAAAUAUGUUAUUCUCAUAUUCUCCAUUGUGUUCGAGGCAUGUGGCAAACACUUUGGAUCCGAAUUGACGCCCUCGUUGACAACCAUUGGCAAACGUUAUGAGAGCCAGGGCGCCUUGCGUUUGCAGAUUGAGCACACGCUGAUCAGCGCCAUUAAGGCACUUGGCCCAGAAUUGGUUCUACGGGCUUUACCACUGAGCGAUGGCAACGGCGAUGUGUGCUUGGAGCGAUCGUGGCUGUUGCCAUUGAUGCGUGAGGGUGCCAAUGGUGCAAGCUUGCAGUUCUUCAUGGAACACAUUGUACCGCUGGCCCUAAAAAGUCAGUCUUACUGGCGGAAGUAUUCGGUCGAGGAGAAGAACGUAUCCAAGGCACACAUUUAUGAACUAUUAUGCUGUCAGCUGUGGGGUCUGUUUCCUGGCUUCUGUCGUCAGCCACGCGAUCCGGAAUAUUUGCGCAAGCUAGCGCCAACACUGGGCGACGCCUUGGAGCACAAUUCAGAGUUUCGUGCGCCCAUCUAUGAUGGGUUGAUGGAAUUGCUGGAUGAUAGUCAGAGUCCUGAGUGCCAUGCGGCUAUAGGUCAAUAUGCACGCAACUUUCUGCCACGCCUCUUCAACAUUUACACUCAGAAACCCAACACCAGCUAUGAAGGUGAUCAGCGCAAACGUGCUCUGGAUGUAAUACGCGCCUAUAUCGCACGUGCCCCUGCCGAAGUGCAAGCCCAGCUCUUUGAGAGCGCUCAAAACUUGUUGGCGGCCAGCGCAGUCGCCAGCUUCGAGUAUGACGCUUACUUUGAUAUCAAUGCGGCGAUUGUGCGUGUCCAAAAGUGUCGUGGCAUCGAGGCCUAUUUCGAGAAGUAUAUGGCGCCCGUGCUGCGCAACGACAAAUCCAAAUUGGUAUCACGCGACGAACAGAAGAUGAAGAAACAGCAGCGGAAGACAUACGAAUUGCUGCGUGAACUGAUGACCUCAGAUCUGCCCUCGUGCCAGAAAUUCACUCGCAAAAAUUGUAUUUUAUUGCAACAGAUACUCCUCGAAGCAUUUAACACCACAUGUAGCGUGUGUCAAGCGUCUCGUCUACAUUGCCUGAAAUCGCUGCUGGACUGCCGCAGCAAACUGACAUACAACGAUCAGCUUGUGAUGAAGGCCAUUCCCGAGGCGGUGCUCAAUUACAAGGAGUUCUCGACACGAAAAGAGCAGGUGGCUGAGCAGCUUAUUAAGCAGAUUGUAAAUCUGUAUCAGGAGGCUGGCAAGAUCAAUGAGUUUGUGGACAUUCUAACAGCUGGGUUUACAGGCGACGAAUCACUGAUAACCAAUACGAUUCUCGCCUUUCGUGCUGUGCUUCAGCAGCAGGGCCAACACCUGACUGUGAGUACUUUGGAAUUUGUGCUCGAGCAGAUUUCGGUGUUCAUAGUGCAGAAGUCGCGACAUCAGGCCGAGGCAGCCGUCGCCUUUCUCAUUACAUUCAUCAAGGUGAUGCCCAUACCACUUGUGGCUAAUCAUUUGGAAACAAUUAUGCGUUCCCUGUCAGCAAUGACUAAGGAUACGAAACGAUAUUGCCGCAUACAAAUUGGUUACUUCCUCAAAAAGCUGUGUAAACGCUUUAGCACAGAGGAGCUGGCGCGUUUUGUGCCUGGCGACGAUGAGGUAACCCAUCGACGGCUCAAGAAGAUACGCAAGCAAAUGCGUCGUGAUACACGCAAAAAGCAAAACGAGGAAGCCCAGGCCGAGAGCUCGGAUGAGGAGCUUAUCGGCGAUCUUGAGCAAAAGAGCUAUACCAUCGAUGACAUUUUAGCAGAUUCGGACUCAGAUUUGCCAGAGGAUAUGGAAACUGAAGAGGGUGGUGCAGCUGCCAAGAAUCGCUCGGCUAAAUCAAAGGCCAAGUCAAAGCAAGCGCGUAGCACUUACAUACGCGAGGAUGCCGAUGAGAUUGUCGACUUAGCCGAUCUCAAAUCUAUUGGAAAUGUGCUGACAAGUGGCUCUGCUGCUGCUGUUGCGACUAGCAAACAGUCGAGGUCGAAACCACUGCUGCCCAAUGGCGGCUUUAAGACUGCCGAUGAUGGACGUCUCAUCAUCAGCGACAAGGCGCUACGUGGCCAGAAGGAUGAUGCAAUUGAUGAUGGCUCCGACAGCGAUGACUCCUCGGCUGAUAGCGGCCAUGAGCCGGGUAGUGGCAAUCCCAAGCGCGGCAUGGAAGAGGACUCCAGUGAUGAGGAGGAUCUACAGAAAGCAACCAGCGCCAAGCGUAAGCGACAGGCCACCGAUGCGCUAAGCAUGCGCUCUGGAAAGACAAAUGCCAGCACACACAAGGGUAUACAUCGUUCGCUGAAUGCCGCAGCCACUGAUGCCAUGUCCGUCAAGUCCAGCGGAGGGCACAGCAAGAUAGCUGGCAGCGAGUACAGCAGUAAAAAGGCCAAAGGCGACAUGAAGCAGCGCGGCAAAUUAGAUCCCUAUGCCUAUAUACCGCUGACACGGAAUACGCUGAACAAACGCAAAAGGGCCAUGAACUCGCGAAAGUUCAAGAGCGUCGUGCGUGGUGCUGGUGGAGAUGGGGGCGAAGCGGCAACUGGGACAGGUGCGCGUGGAGUUAGGGGCAGCAGCAAGCGCGGACGUGUUACCAAGAGUUACAAAUAGGCAGCAAUUAUAGUGGAUCAUAAAGAUAACCUGAAUAAUUUCUAUAAUUCGCUGUUAUUUUGCUAUAAAACUAUAUAAAAACACACACAGAUAUAUAUAUAUAUAAAAGAUUAUAUAUAACGAAGCACUUAAUCGUUGAAAAGAAACACUCUGAAGCGUCAAAAGUUAAUAUUUAAUA